CACAAGUCCUCUUCAUUAUUUUCCUAUCAAUUUCUAAUUAAAAAAAAAAAAUAUCACUGAAAAUCUUUAUCUUUUUUUUUUAAUUAUUAUAUUCUGUUAGCAAUUUUAGAUCAACCCAUUUAUUUAAAUUCUUACAGUGAUUAUUAUUAUUAUUCUUUUUCUUGAUCAGUUUUAGCUACUGUAUUUCUUGAUUAUUAUUUUUUUUCAGCUCAAGUUUGAUUAUUUCUACAUAGAUCAAAUAAAGAUUUGAUUUUUAAUCGUUUUAUUGGGUUUUUACCAAUUUGAUCUUGACAGUAGUAUGUGCUCAAGCAACAAUUUGUAUAAAAAUCCAAAGCCCUGCAAGCAUCUUGCAGAUUACAAGUUGAAAAAUGGUUUAUGUGGUUACAAUUUGAUUCAAGAUUGUUUUAAGACAACUCCAUAUGGUAGGACUAGUUUGGAAAUAUCCAAAUCAGAUAUACCUAGAUGUAGUAUUUGUAGAGGAUGUCAAGGUAGAUUUUACAUGUGUUUGAUCUGUUCAUCAGUGUUAUGUUGUUUGUCAAGUGAAUCAAACCAUGUCCUUUUGCAUAGCCAAUCUCAAACUGGACAUGAGAUUUCAGUGGAUAUAGAAAGAGCUGAGCUUUAUUGCUCUGUGUGUUGUGAUCAGGUGUAUGAUCCUGAUUUUGACAAAUCUGUGAUGUGUAAACAUGUUAUGGGGUUUUCAAGAACUGAAAAUGGGGUUGAGGAGAGUGAGUUGAGAUUGAGUAAGAGGAGAAGGUUGAGUUUUGGGAUGGAUUUAGAUAUAAAGAAUAUGAAAAGACUGUUUUUUCGGAGGGAUCAGAAGUCGAAAUCGUGUUUUCCAUUAGGAUUAAGGGGUUUGAACAAUUUAGGGAAUACUUGUUUCAUGAAUUCUGUGUUGCAAGUGUUGCUUCAUGCGCCCCCUUUGAGAAAUUACUUCCUUAGUGAUAGACAUAACAGAGAAAUCUGCAGAAAGAUGUCAUCGGAUCGGUUGUGUCUGCCUUGUGAUAUUGAUCUUAUGUUCUCAGCUGUGUUUUCGGGUGAUCGGACCCCUUAUAGUCCAGCUCAGUUUCUUUACAGUUGGUGGCAGCAUUCAGAAAAUCUUGCGACGUACGAGCAGCAGGAUGCUCAUGAGUUCUUCAUGUCAAUGCUGGACAGGAUCCAUGACAAAGAGGGGAAAUCAAGUUUGGCAAUCAAAGAUAAUGGAGAUUGCCAAUGUAUUGCUCAUAGGGCUUUCUAUGGGCUCUUGAGAUCUGAUGUCACCUGUGCAUCAUGCGGGUUCACUUCAACAACUCAUGAUCCUUGUAUGGACAUUUCUCUUGACUUGAGUACCUGCAACUCCAGCCCAAAGGAUUUGGCUAGUAAGUCCAGUAAGCCAAAUGAAUCUCUUGUUGGUUGCUUGGACCUCUUCACAAGACCAGAGAAGUUGGGAUCUGAUCAGAAACUGUACUGUGAAAAUUGUCAGGAAAAGCAAGACGUGUUGAAACAAAUGUCCAUCAAAAAGCUCCCGCUUGUGCUUUGUUUUCAUAUAAAACGAUUUGAACAUUCUCACACCAGAAAACUUUCCAGAAAGAUCGACCGCCAUAUGCAAUUUCCUUUCUCUUUGGACAUGAAACCAUAUUUAGCAUCUUCCAUUGUAAGAAAAAGAUUCGGAAACCGAAUCUUUUCGUUUGACAGUGAUGAAUCAGAUAUUUCUACAGAAUUUGAAAUUUUUGCAGUGGUCACACAUUCAGGGAUGUUAGAAUCCGGACACUACGUGACGUAUUUGCGUUUGAGAAACCAAUGGUACAAAUGCGACGAUGCAUGGAUUACUGAAGUCGAUGAAGAAGUUGUCAGGGCCUCACAAUGCUAUCUGAUGUACUAUGUGCAAAAGAUGCUUUAUCACAAGAGUUGCGAGGAUGUUAGCUGCCAGCCAAUGUCACUGCGAGCGGACACAUUUGUUCCUAUAGCUGGUUGCUGCUAGAACAUCAGGUUAUGGACUUGGAUAGGUGUUCCUGAACAAUUCUGGCCAGCCGGGGAUUAUAUUGGUUGGACGUGAAGCAUGAUGGUAUGUCCAGGGACGCUCCACCAGCCAAAGCGCUCCGGUUAGAUGGAUGAUAUGCUGGCAAUUGUAUGGUCAUAUGAAUCGGAAUUUAUUUUGUGAGAUGGAAUGCUGGAAACUUCUUGGGCAGUCGCAUGAUGAGAGUUCUUAAAAAGAUGGAACCAUUAGCUUGUUGGUAUCUUUGGUCCAGUAUUAGUUUUCCUUUUGAGACCUUAGAAGGAGGCCUUAUGAAUGUACAGUAACUUAACAAUGUCAAGGGCAUAUUUUGCUUGGUCCUUUUCAUCUCUUCAAGAUUCUGAUAAUGUUCAUUAUUGGGUUCUUAAAACUGAUCUCAUUUCCUGCUUGGUUUGUUUGAGAUUGUGUUAUAACUUAUAACAUGUAAUUUGAUUUAUCAUUCAAGAAGAUAAUGUACAUGAAUAGAUUGAUGAA